AGAUUGUCAGUAUCGCCACGACUGUAAAGAGUAGUAGGUGUUUUAAUUUUGGUAAAAGUGAGUUCGAGAAAAAUUGCAAAAAGUUCAAUCGCUCAGUUUUGAGACUUUUCGAACUGUUGAUGGUUUUUGUGCAAUCUUCUAGUCACCCGAAAGACUACAUAUUUUUUUUCGAGUUCUGAAGUUUGGGGAGAAGUUUAGGAAAAACGCCUGCGAUUUUUUACGUAAAACUCGAAAUUUGUGGAUUUUGUUUUGGAGUUCAUCAGCUGGAUAUCGUCAACAAAACGCAUGCUCUCCCCCCACUCCUGCGGUAGAGGGGAUAAACAGCUGAGAAUCAGAUACACACUGACAACAUCAAGUUCAGCUUGUCAGUCGCGCUGUUGUUGUGUUACUGUCGGCAACAAAUAUGCUAAGUAUAGUCGAGUGUGCACACACUUGAGAACUUAGCAAGAUUUUAAUGCAAAGUUAGUUGACUGUCGUUCCGCCCGGUAGUGUGAAGUGAAUGUGUACUUAGUUACUAAAUUGGAUAUGGUGCCCCAACAAAACAUGGAUUCAUCCAGGUCAGAAACACCGAUUAGUAGUGCUGUGCCCAAAUUCGGCUCACAACUAAUUGACAAAAAUUCAGCAACACCCUACUCUGACGCUACUCAGACUAAAAAGAACAAUCCCAACCACAUCAAAAGACCCAUGAACGCGUUUAUGGUGUGGUCUCAGAUCGAGCGUAGAAAAAUUUGCGAAGUGCAGCCAGACAUGCACAAUGCUGAAAUUUCAAAGAAGCUCGGCCGCCGCUGGAAGGAGUUGAAAGAUGACGAACGCCAGCCUUUCAUCGAGGAGGCCGAAAGGCUCCGACAGCUCCACCAGAGAGAGUAUCCAGAUUACAAGUACCGUCCUAGGAAAAAGACGACGAAACCGGCCCCCAAAUCGGCGACUUCCUCCAAGAAAUCGUCCAAAAAGUCUCCAAAAGUUCAAAAGAACGAUAACAAUAACAACAGUAGUAAUAACAGCAAUGCAAUCGUGAAAGAGAGAUUGUACGCCAGACGCUCCGCUUUGCCCGAAUCGACGAGUUCGAAGUUGAAAGAGAGGCUGGAUUUAUCGCCGGUGAUGACGCCCCUUCCACUGCCACCUGUGAGCAUUUUGGCAAAGGUGCCAUCUAGUCCUUCUUGCGAUAUCCCGGAUUCCCCGGAAAGCGCCACGAUCUACGACGAUUCGCUGGCGCCGCUGCACCACGAAGCCGAAGACCGGCUCGCGCACGGUUCCACUGCCACUCUGGACGACCUGGACAGGAUCGACGACUUCAACUUGCUGCAGCCGAUGGAGAUUGAUCUGCAGGAGCUGGCGGACAUCGAGAUCAUGGACAGCGGCUCGAACGGGUCCGGCUCGCACCUGGACUUUGACUGCCCCAGAGACAUCCCCAUCUUUUCGAGUCUGGGGGGCUCGCCCUGGAGCGACGGCGUGUUCAACUGUUGAAAGAGGAGACUAUAAGACUGUGUUAAUCCAAUUCGUGUGUUGGCGCAUACAAUCAUUGUUAUCCUCCUCUCUCGGAUGGAGACGGUCCAGAGGCGGUUUCAAUUGUUCUACCAGCUCAAGUUGUCGAGCCGGCCAGGUCGAUGAUGUUUUAUAAUUUUAUUAUUUAACCCCGAUAAAUGAUCUCAUCUUGUGUUUAUUUUUUAUAUUUAUCAUAUAGUAGCGCGUCAGUGUUUCGUUCAUUCGGUUCAUCAUCAUACGUAUUCCCGGAUUCAACCAGUUGUUAGUGCCUAGUUCAGUAUGAUAUGUCGGACAUAACCCGGGUCGCCCGUCAUUAGUUUCGAUACUUGUAAAAUCCCGCCGGCCGCCAUUUUGUACAUUGUUGGUGGCAGCGGGACACAAAAUCAGGCUGUGAUUCAUCUGUUUGAUGACCAAUAUUUAGUUGUCAAAAGUCAGUGUAGUUUUUCCGCCUCCAGCUUUGCUAAUUAGUUCGGGCGCAUUUUGCGACGACGGCAUACAGCUGAUUGUUUCGUUACUGCCAACUGCGAACGCAACGUUUGGUUUUACUCACCUUGUAUCUUAUCUCAUCGUUUUAUUCGUCGAAGAGGCGCAUCUCCGCGGCUCUGCCUUCAUUUUUAAUAAAAAUCAUAUUGUAUUGCUUUCUGAUUCGUUCGUCCAGAAUUGUACUUAAUGGUCCUAAAAUCUUGUACAGCUGUAAGGUUAUUUAAGUGAGCACUGUGGGUUUGUUAGUGGUAGGAGUUGAUAUUAACAGUAAGAUAUCCAAAUAGGCUAUAGGGUUGUUUGUGCUGCUGCUGCUGCUGUCAACGACUCGGGCAUUCGGUUUUACUUUAUCUCGUCCAUCAAACUCUGUUGCACAAAAUAUUGUUUCUCUCGUUGCCUCUUGUUCCAGAUGUCAAUGCUACGAGCUUGGUUUACCUAUACAUACUUAUACGCUUAAAACUUGUUUCCGUUCAAAUCUUAAAGUCAAUGCACAAACUUUGUAAUGAGAUUAAAAUAGUAUGAAAAUUUUUUUCAAAAAUAAUAGAGUAGCGAGCGACAUCGAUAUUCUUCUAUAAUAACAUGAUAUUGAGGCACGACCAACGCUCUACGUGUGCUUUCAAUGUACUAGAUUAAACUUUACGAUAAUAUUUAAAGUUAGAUCGGACUGUCCGUAUUAUAAGAGUUUUCGAAUUUUAAAAUUUUAUGAGGCCUGGUACAGUAUGAAAAUGUAGAAUAUAACAUAUUCGGUGUAUUUUUGUACCCAAUGUUUGUUCAGCGAUGCAAGUGCAGAGUUGGCUGAGACAUGUCGCUGACUGACUUAGAUUGUAGGUUUUUAUGUUGAGCUGUACUGGUUAUGAGCUGCGAGUCGAUAAUAACUUCUAAUUUUUAAGUUCAUUGCCGUUCUUUGGUUCGACUGUCUUCAGGAACUCUGCUCUGCUCUUGUAUUUCGCGACUUGUAUAUAACGUGUAUAGAUUUGCUCAUGUAAAAAUUGUUUUUGUUGAAACGUACUGUUUAUGCAAUCAUUUUAAAUAAUUGCAAUAACUAUCGCUGCAAGUCUUGAACGGCAUCCUACUGUGGACUCAAUACUUUCAACGUUCUUUGCAUAUGAUGUCACAGUGCGGCGUCGAACCAGACCCUAUUGUAAAAAACGUUACUUUUUGUGGCAUUGUUGACCCUUUUUGUUCUGGUAAACGAUUGAGAGAUUACAAAUUUAGCAAUAUUUUUGCAUAUUAUCUUGAUGUAUCAUAAAAAUCCCUGCAUUUUUGUAGACCCAUGUAUUAUAUUCAUAUUACUAUAUUAAAGUUAUUAUAUAGUGUGUAAAUUUUGUAUUGUAGUUGCUGUUAAAUAUAUUAUUAAUUAUAUGCCCAAUAAAAGAUUUUUUCAAUUUAA